AUGGCGGCGCGCAGGUCGAUGACGUCGCCCAUCAGGGCCUGCUUCAGGAUGGUGGCGUCGUGCGUUGCCGGGUCUAGGACCCAUAGCAGCAUGGCGCGCUUGUGGUUGCCGCUCAGCUCCGCCACGAUGCGACGAACAAGGUCCUGGUUGAACACGGCGCGGUACUCCUGGCUGAUCGCCGCGCGGUGCGCCAGGAUGCUGAUCACCCUUCGUGCUGUCGCACCCGAACCCUUGGAACGCCUUGUGGAGGUCGAUCGCGUCCUGCCGUGGCCACGUUGGCACCAGCGGCACCCUCGUAUGCUGGCAGGAACAACAGAGAGAUCAUUGUUCUUAGCCUCACCAUCUCAAAGGCCCUCAUUUGAUUUUGUCCUAGCCUGUGUGGUCAACCGAGGCUGGUUGGCUCCUCUCACCCACACCAUCACCAUGGGAUUUUGGUCAUUUUGGCAGUCUUCAGUGGCGACGGUCACCAUGGUCUGCUGUAAAUGCAUCCUUGUGCAGCUAUGUGGUUAUGCCCAGCCAACUGAGACUGCAUCACCCAUGCCUGGCAUCGUGGGCUGGCUGUACAAGCUUGAAGUAUCGGAUUUGUCACUGCCUGCUGCUAUUGUUAAGAGAGUGCGUGAAAAAAACAUUGGCUAA